CCUGUACACUUACGCUUACGGGCCUCGUACAAUACACAUUAACUAUCCCCAACAAAAUAUUUGGUUUUCAGAGAAGCGGUGAUUACACACACAGCGCUGUAAGCCUACUCCGGCGACCUCAAUUCGCCACCAUGUAUCCACCACACGACCGCAUGUCCAUUCAGACAAAGGGGUUACCUGUUCAAAACCCAAUGCCAAUAAGGUCUCUGUGCACCGCUGCUGCUCCAAAAGUUGAAAUGGAAAGGGCACUUUCACAGGAGGAGGCAGUCGUCAGUAGUACCAAGAACUAUCAGGAUGAUUUACAGAACUUAGGUCUGAGAAUUAAGCAACAUGAAGACCAUAUUAAGUCUUUGAGGACUCAGAAGAACAUCAUAGAAGAUUCCAUUCUGGAUCUGAAAGUUACCAUUGGGAAGUAUCAUACAUCUACUGAAUCUGAGACCAAAAAAGAGGACACUCGAAGUGAGGAAGAAAUAUUUGAACAUUUAGUUGAGGAGAAAUCUGCUGCUGGACUUAUAUGCCAGCUCAAAGCUCGUCAUGACAUUCCGGUUUCUCAUAGUCCACCAGUGAAGGAUGUACUUGGCAUUGUUGCUACACUUGGCUAUCUGGAUGAUGAAAACCUUAGCAGGCUUCUAGCCGAGUUCGUGGGGAAAGAGGCCAUGUUGGCACUUGUUUGCAAGACUUUUGAUGGGAUUAAAGCUCUGGAGUUGUAUGAUAAAGAAGGUGCAAUAAACAGGAGUUCAGGUCUUCAUGGGAUUGGAUCUUCUGUUGGACGUACUUUAGAAGGGCGGUUUCGUGUCAUAUGUCUUAAUGAUUUAAGACCAUAUGAUGGCGAGUUUAUAGCUGACGACCCGCAACGGAGGCUUGAUCUCCUAAAGCCAAAAUUGCCAGGUGGAGAUAUCCCACGUGGUUUCGUUGGAUAUGCUGUGAAUUUGGUCCAUAUUGAUAACCAAAACUUAUUCUGUGUCACAACCUCUGGGCAUGGCCUUAGAGAGACUCUCUUCUACUAUCUUUUCUCACACCUGCAAGUUUAUAGAACUAGGGAAGACAUGCAGCAGGCCCUCCCCUUUAUAAAUGAUGGAGCUGUAUCUUUGGAUGGCGGAAUAAUUAGGAGUCCUGGUGUUUUUGACCUUGGCAAUAGGGAAGACGCACAAGUGAAGUUCCCGAGGAUCUCGGGAAAGUCGAGCUUACCUGAGAGCUACUACGAGGUUGAAAGCAGUCUAAAGAGCAAAAAGUGGAAUCAGGAAAGAUUGGUAGAUGAAAUCCGUCGAGAGCAAUCAUUUUUGGACCAGGCCAAGUUCAAUUUUGAAAUCAAGAAGAAAGAGUUUGUCCGCUUCUUAGCACAGAGUUCACAGUAUGCUCCUGCCCAGUAUGCUCCCGCUCAGCAGCAGAGUCCAGCUGGUCGAGAGAGAUUUGCCCCUAGAUGAAACAGUUCCAGCUGGUUGAGAGACUUCCAUCCAGAUGAAACAAUCCGUCUAAUCACUAUCAUGUCAUCAUCUAUGAUUAUUGUCUGUAGAUGAAGGUCCUCGACUUGUCUUAGUGUAGCGAAAAAGCCCAUAAUUUUCAAGUGUUAGUUGAGUUUUAUAAAUAGAUGGUUUUCUUAGUUUGCAUCCCUCUCUGUUGAGUGUGAAUGUUAUAGUUUCUGAUAACAAACAUAGAUCACCUACUUUUAUAUCUUAA